GCCUGAUAGCUUGUAAUACUCCAUCUCUGUAUCUCACUUGACCUUGAGUUCAACCCUACGUCAGACUUCACCCGACACAUCGACGAAUUGGGGAACAGCACAAUACCUAAAAGGCGAGAAAAUCAAACAGAGGAAAACACCAUGGAGACAACACUUCCCCUCCCCUUCCUCGUCGGUGUCAGUGUUCCUCCCGGACUGAAUGACAUCAAGGAGGGCCUCAGCCGGGAGGAAGUCUCGUGUCUUGGCUGCGUCUUCUUCGAGGUCAAGCCCCAGACCCUUGAGAAAAUCCUGCGAUUCCUCAAGCGUCACAAUGUCGAAUUUGAGCCCUACUUCGAUGUAACAGCCCUCGAGUCUAUCGAUGAUAUUAUCACUCUUCUGGACGCCGGCGCCCGCAAGGUGUUUGUCAAGACCGAGCAGUUGGCCGACCUCUCCGCAUAUGGCUCCCGCGUUGCCCCCAUUGUCACUGGAAGCAGCGCUGCUCUGCUUUCCUCCGCCACCGAGAGCGGCCUUUUGCUCUCCGGCUUCGAUCAGACUGCCUCCGAGGCUGCACAGUUUCUGGAGGAGGCUAGAGACAAGAAAAUUACCCCCUUCUUCAUCAAGCCCGUUCCUGGGGCCGAUCUCGAACAGUUCAUCCAGGUCGCCGCCAAGGCUAACGCCAUCCCCAUCCUGCCAUCCACUGGCUUGACAACAAAGAAGGACGAGGCCGGAAAGCUUGCCAUCUCCACCAUCCUCUCGAGCGUCUGGAAGUCUGACCGUGCCGAUGGUCUGCUCCCCACCGUCGUCGUUGAUGAGCACGACACUGCUCUGGGUCUGGUCUACAGCAGUGCCGAGAGUGUGAACGAGGCCCUCAGGACACAGACUGGUGUCUACCAGAGCCGGAAGCGCGGUCUCUGGUACAAGGGUGCUACUUCCGGAGACACUCAGGAGCUCGUCCGCAUCUCGCUUGACUGCGAUAACGAUGCUCUCAAGUUUGUCGUGAAGCAGACGGGCCGUUUCUGCCACCUCGAUCAGUCCGGCUGCUUUGGUCAGCUCAAAGGCCUUCCCAAGCUCGAGCAGACUUUGAUUUCGAGGAAACAGUCUGCCCCCGAGGGCUCCUACACUGCCCGUCUCUUCUCCGAUGAGAAGCUCGUCCGGGCCAAGAUCAUGGAGGAGGCUGAGGAGCUCUGCACCGCUCAGACCCCCCAGGAAAUCGCCUUUGAGGCUGCCGAUCUCUUCUACUUUGCUCUUACCAGGGCCGUUGCCGCCGGCGUUACUCUUGCCGAUAUCGAAAGGAGCCUUGACGCCAAGAGCUGGAAGGUCAAGCGCAGGACUGGAGAUGCUAAGGGUAAGUGGGCUGAGAAGGAGGGCAUCAAGCCUGCGGCGUCCGCUCCCGCUGCCACUUCGGCCCCCGUCACCAAGGAGGCUGCCCAGGAGACUACCCCUGAGAAGAUCACCAUGAGACGUUUCGACGCCUCCAAGGUCUCUACCGAGGAGCUCGAUGCUGCUCUCAAGCGUCCUGCGCAAAAGUCGUCUGAUGCCAUCUACAAGAUCAUUGUCCCCAUCAUCGAGGACGUCCGCAAGAACGGCGACAAGGCUGUUCUGUCUUACACUCACAAGUUUGAGAAGGCUACCUCUCUUACUAGCCCUGUCCUGAAGGCGCCCUUCCCCAAGGAGCUUAUGCAGCUCCCUGAGGAGACCAUUGCUGCCAUCGACGUAUCCUUCGAAAACAUCCGCAAGUUCCACGCCGCCCAGAAGGAGGAGAAGCCCCUCCAGGUCGAGACCAUGCCCGGUGUUGUCUGCAGCCGUUUCUCUCGUCCCAUCGAGGCCGUCGGCUGCUACAUCCCCGGCGGUACCGCCGUUCUCCCCAGCACUGCCCUUAUGCUGGGUGUUCCCGCCAUGGUCGCCGGCUGCAACAAGAUUGUGUUCGCCUCUCCUCCCCGCGCCGACGGAACCAUCACUCCCGAGAUUGUCUACGUCGCUCACAAGGUUGGCGCCGAGUCCAUCGUGCUUGCCGGCGGUGCCCAGGCCGUAGCUGCCAUGGCCUACGGCACCGAGAGCAUCACCAAGGUCGACAAGAUUCUCGGCCCCGGUAACCAGUUCGUCACUGCUGCCAAGAUGUUCGUCAGCAACGACACCAACGCUGCCGUUGGUAUCGACAUGCCCGCUGGCCCCUCCGAGGUGCUCGUCAUUGCUGACAAGGACGCCAACCCCGCGUUCGUUGCCUCGGAUCUCCUGUCCCAGGCUGAGCACGGCGUUGACAGCCAGGUCAUCCUGAUCGCCAUUGACCUCGACGAGGAGCAUCUUCAGGCUAUCGAGGACGAGGUUCACCGUCAGGCUAUGGAGCUUCCUCGCGUCCAGAUUGUCCGUGGCUCCAUCGCUCACUCGAUCACCGUGCAGGUCAAGACCGUUGAGGAGGCCAUGGAGCUCAGCAACAAGUACGCUCCUGAGCACUUGAUCCUCCAGAUCAAGGAGGCCGAGAAGGCUGUUGAUCUUGUCAUGAACGCCGGUAGUGUUUUCAUUGGCGCCUGGACUCCUGAGUCCGUUGGCGAUUACUCUGCUGGUGUCAACCACUCGCUGCCUACCUAUGGCUUUGCCAAGCAGUACUCUGGCGUCAAUCUCGCCUCGUUCGUCAAGCACAUUACCAGCUCCAACUUGACUGCCGAGGGUCUCAAAAACGUCGGCCAGGCUGUUAUGCAGUUGGCUAAGGUUGAGGAGCUCGAGGCUCACAGAAGGGCGGUCAGCAUCCGUCUUGAGCACAUGAGCAAGAGCAACUAG